GGCCUAAAACUCUAAAUUCCUUGUUCCUUUCCUUUCCAUCCCAUGUGGUUAAUACAAAAGAAAAUUGGUGCAAUCGAAACGGUAACUAAUAUUAUACAGUAUGUGGCUUUUUAUUGGACUUUGGCAGCAUUAGAUCUACUGGUACUUAAAGUUUUUGAAGAAAUAACCUCAAUGUGUAGCCUUAACAUGCUUUUGUUUGCCAUUUUUCCACAUUUGACGAUUUCCUGGGGCAUUUAUAAACUGUAUUCGCUCUUAUUUCCCCCUACAAUGCAUAAUGGUGACCGUUUUGUUUUCAAUAAACUGACAACUUCCAGGAAUAUGGACCUAUUACGUUUUCAGACAGAAUGAGGUUGAGAAUAUCAUCUGUAAACAAGUUUGCUUAACAAAGAGUAAGACUGCUUAUCAACAUAAUUAUUUAUGCUGCGUACUUGCACAGUAAUUAUUCAUAAUAUGUGCUCCAAUUGCAGUUUAAUAUCCUGGCAGUGAAUGGCUUUUAGACACUUUCACCUCUCAGUGUCAAAGCUGUUCUUAAGCACAGGCGAAGACAUGGCUAAAUAUAGAAGGUCCUAAAAGGAGUGAGAAAAGAUUAGCAAUGAUUAAAGCCUGUUCGCAAACAGCGACAGGACAGCCUGGUGAACUGCAAGUGCAAUGAGAGGAAACUAAAGGUUUUGUUAUAAAUUACAAAACUGUACUGAUGUGUAGAUGAACCAAAACACGGCACUUUUUGAUCUUCAAUCAGAAAAUUAGUGAGGAUUUCUAAGACCGGUUAAUUGGUGGGGUUGCAUGCCACACAGAGGAGGUAAUGCCAAGAGCUGAAUCCACUGCCAUGGACAACUCGUGUCAGGCCUUGUGCCGCACUUUAGUCACUCAAAAUGGCCUGCAGCCUGAGAACAUGGACAUCUCACAGUCUGUACUAUACACGUCCAUCAUGGGACUACUGCUGGUGACAGACAAGGAGAGAGAGCUCCAACUGGGCAGUGGACAAGUUGGACUGUGUAACGUUGGAAAUACUUGUUUCCUCAAUGCUAUUGUGCAGUGUCUCUCCCACACUCACAGUCUUCGGGACUACUGUCUGAUGAAAGCGUACCUUCAGGACAGUCACUCCAACCAAGAGCCUGUUCUUAUGAAUGAAUUCUCUAAUGUUUUGGCUGGCCUGUGGGAAUGUGAUGGCGGGGAAACCACAGUGAACCCUGGGAAGUUUUAUCGUGUAUUUAAAGAAGCAGUGCCUUACUUUAGUGGAUAUAGUCAGCAAGACGCUCAGGAGUUCUUAAGAUUCCUUCUGGACAGGCUACAUACAGAAAUUAACCGCCGAUCAUCCAAACGUCCUGCAGUUAUUGAAAUUAAGGAACCAACAUACUCACGAUUCAGGAUUUCAGAGGAGGCUUUUGCCAUGUGGCAAAGACAUCUUGACCGGGAUGAUAGUAAGAUUGUUGAUUUAUUCUCUGGUCAGUUGCGCAGCUCCUUGCACUGUUCUGUCUGCUCCCAUUACUCCAACACCUUUGAUGUGUUUUGUGACCUGUCACUCCCCAUCCCGAAGAAGAGUGAUUAUGGCCGAAUUGUUAAACUUAGAGAGUGUCUUGACCUCUUCUCACAAGAGGAAAAACUUGAUAAAGAAAACUCACCGAUGUGUGAGCGGUGUAAUCGUCGCACUGACAGCACAAAAAGACUAACCAUCCAAAGGUUCCCAAGAAUCCUCGUGAUACACUUAAAUCGAUUCACCACAUCAAGGUACUCCAUCUGUAAAAGCACAGUGUCUGUCUCCUUUCCCUUGAUGGGGCUGGAUCUGGGGCCAUUUGGACCUGUUGAUUGUGGUCCUGUGCUGUAUGAUCUGUAUGCAGUGUGCAAUCAUUCAGGCACAGUAAAUAUGGGUCACUAUACGGCUGCAUGUCGAGAGGAGGAGGGCUGGUGCUUCUACAAUGACUCCUGUGUAAACGCAAUAUCAGAGGAGAAGCUUCAGUCCAAUCAGGCAUAUGUUCUCUUCUAUGAGCUGAAAAGCUGCAGUAUCAGCAGGAAAUGAGUACCAAAGACACCAGUUUUUACAAACAACUUAACAUUAUUUGGCAGUCUUCAGAUGCCACUGAAAAAAAUCAACUUUCACUUUGAUAAUUGGGCUAUGUUGAUGUUGAGAGAGUCCUAAUAAGCAAGUCUUGUAAUUGUAUUUCAUUUGACCAAUGUUAUUUUUUUUUCUACUAUUAACAAUGUGUUUUUGAUAAAAUUGUGCUCAGAAACAUAUUUUUCAGCCAUUGCAUUUUAGACAACAAAAAACAAAGAUCUGUAGAACUUGUUGUUUGCAAAAUUGUUAUGCUUUUUCUUAUCCUCAUUGCAAUUAAAGUGUAAAUGUGGAUAAUGUGGUUAACUGAGAAUGGGGAAAACGGAGCUUAAUUGAACAUUAGUAGCCUACAAUUGGUGGAUAAGGUCAAACUUUUGUCUGAUUGUGUGAGCAUGUGACUAUUUUAUGUCUGGCAUAAUUUUUAAAUGGCAACUAUUUUAUUUUUAACUCCACAGAAUUUGGCAGUCAUUUGCAGUAUGCUGUAUUUUACUUCAGGCAUCCCACAUGCUGUGUAAUAUGCUUAAAUUAAUAUUUUAUACAUCUGACUCUAGUUAACUUAUUUGCCCGGAUUACAACAGACCUGAGGUUGUCAAAUAAGGGGGAUUUUUAUAGUAAUAUAAUAAAAUCAUAUUAUUGUAAAUUAAAAUACACAUCAUUACAUACUCAAUUAGAAAUGAAAAUACUUUUAUGAUCAUAUAAAAUGUUUGUUCGUAUGUUACUGCCAUUUAUCUAUCCAUAUGAUUAAUUUGAGCAAACAGCACCAUCUGCUGGCUAAAUGUGAUACUUUAAAUCCUGUUCGCAAAAGGAACCCUCUGUCUGGAUAAAAUCUCGCGAGAUUAGCAUGCUACUUUCAUACAUUAGGCUUGUACGAGAUGCCAAACGCCUCGCCUUGUAAGCAGACGAGAGCAGACGACUGCAGUCAGGGGAGGAGUGAAAUAAAAGCUGUCAAGUCGGACAUUUCUCACUUCUCGUAGUGGAUCAGACAUCUACGAGUUCACAGGCAGAUAUCGCGGGAUUCACGUUCAUACGCUGUUGCUGAUAAAGUGGAUAAUUUCUGUUGCUUUAAAAUGAAAAUAAAUAUGAUGAA